AUGGUCUCGUUUAUCCUGUUCGACAUCUCACGGUCUCCUGCAGGAGCUAAUGGCUACCUUGCAGUAUGGAUUCUCCGCACUCUGCUGGAGCAAGGCUACUUGGUCAAGGGUGCGGUUCGCAGCGCGUCAAAGGGCGAGUAUCUCAGGAAGCUCUUCGUUGAGUACGGCGAAGCCUUCUCCUAUGUUGUCGUCGAGGACAUGGCCAAGAAUGGUGCUUUCGACGUACAUGUACGUGAUGUGCAAGCAAUUCUCCAUACAGCGGCGCGUGCCACAUCCUACGCGAAAAGCCUUGUCGAACUGACAUCCACCAACGUCAACGGCACGAUUGGGCUGCUCAACAGUGCCCUAACGCAUGGACCGAAUAUCCGACGGUUCGUGUACACUUCCUCUACGGGAACGAUCAUGGAAGAGCCUGGCAAGACACUCACAGAGGAGACUAUGAAAUGGAAGGAGCAUAUUGUGGAAGAGGCGAGGAACAACCCCAACCCACCGGGCAUUUAUUAUUAUCUUGCUAGCAAGGUGCUCGCUGAACAAGCGGCAUGGGCGUGGGCGGAGGAGCACAAGGCAGAGAUAAAGUUCGAUUUCGUCAGCUUGAUCGUUCCCUGGGUUAUCGGCCCACAGAUCCAAGAAAUCCGCUCGCGCGCCGAUCUCACUGAAGCGAUCUCUAUCCUUCAAUCCGGGUUGGACAACGAAUGGUCCGCCGAGGAACGUUACAGUCAUUUCGCCAACUGGGCGGACGUGCGCGGCAUUGCUCUUGCCCAUGUGCGUGCGAUGGAGAGGGAGCCAGCUGGGGGACAGCGGUUCCUCAUAUCCGCUGGGGCGUUCUGCUUGCAGGAUAUAUAUGACGUCCUGCACAGUGUAGAGAACUCGCCGCUGAAGGACGUGCCGUUUGGGGAUCCUGCCAGGAAAAGAAAACCGCUUUGCCAACAUGAUUCGAGCAAGGCGCAGGGAAUAUUAGGCAUCACUUUCCGACCACUCGGGCCCAGCUUGACCGAGGCACUAGCGGAUCACCAGGCAAAGCUGAACGAAUUCCCUGCAUAG